AUGUCUCGCCAUCACCCCGAUCUCGUCAUGUGCCGCAAGGCGCCCGGCAUCUCCAUUGGCCGUCUUUGCGACAAAUGCGACGGCAAAUGCCCCGUAUGCGACUCGUACGUACGGCCCACGACGCUGGUCCGGAUCUGCGACGAGUGCGCGUUCGGAAACUAUCAGAACAAAUGUAUCGUCUGCGGCGGCGAGGGCAUCAGCGACGCCUUCUACUGUUUCGAAUGCACAAGGCUGGAAAAGGACCGGGACGGGUGUCCGAAGAUCAUCAAUCUGGGCAGUUCCAGGACCGAUCUGUUUUACCAGAAGAAGAAUUUCAGGAAUCAACAACAAUACUGA